AUGACUUCCGAGGAGGAUCUCGCUUGGUUUCAAUCAACUUUUCGUCCUAUCCCAAAACCAGAGCUUCCCGAUGACGCUGUCGAGUACUCUAUCUAUCAUAUUCCGCCCUCCCCCGCCCCCGCUGUUAUCGAUGAAGCUGCCGAGACUCGGGCGCGAUUGCUUGAGGUACAGCGCACUGCAGCAGAACUGACUAAAGAUUUGCUCAAAGAUUACAUUUGGCAACGUGAAUCUUUUCGAUUGGAGAUUACGAAGGAAGAUGGAAUCACAUCGUUACAGGGUCGCACUAACUAUGGUGACUCUAUCGAAGACGAAUGGGUUAUCGUUUACUUCCUUCGUGAACUGACGAAGCGCCAUAAAGAUAUUUGGGUCCAAGUGGGGGACAGUGAUGGCGAGUUCCUUCUCAUUGAAGCCGCAGGGACACUUCCUGCAUGGAUAGAACCAGAUGUUGCAGACAACAGGGUGUGGAUCCACCAAGGAGACCUCCGAAUCAUCAAGCCUAAACAAGAGACGAAACGACAGGUCACUGAGAAGAUAUCACUUCCAGAGGCCCGAAAGAUUCUUCGAGAUGAACCUAGUCGCCUCCUUCGCUCGACAAUUAUUCAAGAAGAAGCCUUUUACCGUCUACGCAAUUACCCUCAACAAAUUAGCGAAAACCUUCACUCCGCCGUCAUCACAAUCCCUCGCAAGGCUGCGUUUCUCUUGCACCAAAAGCCUGCGUACAUCUCACCCGCUGUGGAGGCGUUUUACAUUCGUGAUCCGAUCGCCCUGCGACCCUUACGAGCGAAGGAUGCCUCCGACCUUGUUUUCAAGCCUGAUGAUUUAGUGACCGUCAGUGUUCGAUUUACUCGUGUUGGAUAUGCGCAACUCAAAAGCCAAGAGUUCCCUGUCCCAAGCACUUGGGCAGGCAAACUACCCUCAUCUGAAGAUCAAAAGGCCUAUGACCGCGCAGAAGCAGGAAUGAAACUUGCAUGUGGACUAGAGAUGCUGCUGUAUGAUCCUCAAAACCAGGAUAAACCUGCGGUUAGGGAAAUGAAGCUACUCCUCGAGGAUGUGGACACAGGGGAUGAAACCCUUCCCACUGAUAAAGAGAUUGAAGAAACAUGGGACAAGCGUGAAGACGACGAAAAGUGGCUAGAUAUCAACUUUGAGGAUCUAGAAACUGAGCUCAAAGGAAAGACUCAAGGAAAAGAAGCGGAAGCUGGUAAUUUCGGUGACUCUGGUGCUCAGGAAAAUCUCCAACGUAUCGUGGCCCGAUUUGAAGAGUUUUUGAACGACAACUCGGCAGGCUUCGACGGUGCCGACUUCAUUGAUGACUUUGAAUCCGAUUCCGACGUUGACGAGGAUGACGAGGCAGAAGAUGCCGACAGUGAAGGCGAGGACAAGGAUGCCUCGUUCAACGAAGAGGAAUUCGCUAGAAUGAUGAAAGAGAUGAUGGGUAUGCCAUCGUCGUCAGAUUCCAUUCGCAAGCGAGUGCAGGAGUUGGAUUCGGAUGGAGAAGAUGACACAGAGCAAAUCAAGGAGCUUUCCCGGCGAAUGGAGGCCGAAUUACAGGGAACGGGUGUGCUCGAUCUCAAGCAGCGCCAGCACAACCUAGCCUCUGAUCAAUCCAGUGCAUCCAAAGGGAAGGCUGCUCGGAGUUCAAAGCAAGAUGAUUCAGAAGAUGAGGAUGAUAAUAUCAACAUCAAUCUUGCAAAGAACUUGCUGGAGAGUCUUCAAAGUCAAGCUGGAGUUUCUGGUCCUGCUGGAAAUAUGCUGUCAAUGAUGAACAUGCGCAUGCCCAAAGACGAUCGCCCUUGA